GUUCAAGGUUCAAGGAAUUUUGUUGCCGGUGAAAAAACAACACAAAAUAUGGAAUAUGUAGUAAAUGCGAUAAUUUGUACACAAACCGUGAAAAGUAAAUUAGGGCAUUGUUAUUAGCAGUGGAAGGGUGUUAAGAAUUACCGCCUCUUCACCUUAAGUUUGCACAUGGCUAAAUCGAAAGGUGACGAGUGCACAACUUUGAAAAAUCGACACAGGUGAGUCGUUGACGUGUAAAGAUAAAUUGAACGUUUGCAAAAGUGCCUUUUCUUUUCAAAGCAUAUAUGUAUUUAUGGAAUUUAACGCACAACUUACACAACAUUUGAGUUACAAAUGCAGAGAAAAGUGAAUAACGACUUUGAUAAACAACUAUAAACUGUGUGUCGAAAAAUCUAAUAACGACAAGAACUUUGAUCCGUCCUCAGUAUAAAAAUCAUUAAAUAGCAGUUAAAACCAAAGUUACUUCGUAUCACAUUUUUGUUAUUUGCUUAGGCAACACAAGUUUUUAAUAAACUGCAAAUGCACUGCCAUAUAAUGGUCUACGUACGCAUUGUGCUUACAACGUUACUGACUAUCACCUGUCUACUGGGAGACAAUUUUGUUGAGCUAACACAGCAUCCUCUAUUAAAAGCAUUAGCCGAUAAUGCUACACACGCUAUAAUUGGUGCAUUAACAGGAAUCGCGUUUGCUGUUCAAUUUCAUGAGCGUACGAGCAAUUUGCUAGGAUGGUUCUUGAUAUUCACCUGUUUCGCCGUAUCUUCUUUAAUUGAUUUGGAUCACUUUAUAGAAGCGCGUUCACUUUACUUAGAGGAUGCGACUAACUUGCCCCGACGUCCUUUUCUACAUUGUUCGAGUAUAAUUUUUGUAAUACUCAUUUUCUACCUAUGCACGGCCAGUUUAAACUAUUUUAAGACAUCUUUAACAUUUGGCGUGUUGCUUUGCGCUUUUGUCACACAUCAUACCCGUGAUGCCGUGCGUCGUGGUUAUUGGUUUUGCCCAAUUGGUCACACUGGUCGCGUACCGAAUGUGGCCUACAUUGUGAUAACUGUUUUGACGCCACAUUUGGUGGCAUAUUUACAUGGCAUUUGUCGUAGUGGACCAGUACAGUACUUCCUGGGUCAGUAUAUAAAGCUGAGCGAUAAUUAUCGUAUUGGAAGUGGCGGUUAUCGUUAUAUGAACGUGUAAUUGUUUGGAAUUAAUAUUUAAUUGUUAAAAUUGUUGAUUAGUCGUAACAAUAUAGAAAAUUAGUUCAAAUCAGGCGUAAUGUUCCAAGAGAACUUAAAACAAGUGAUAGCACAACACAUUUAAGCUUAGCUUAUUUAUAUAAAGAGUUAUAAAAUGUAGCAUAAUAAUCUGCUAAUUAUAUAUCCUUAGACUAAAUAUAGUAAUUUUAUUAAAUUUCUAAACUAUGUAAAGAAAUACAGAGUAGCUGUAAAGAUUUUAGUACGUUUUCCACAAAAAUAACUAGUAACACAAUUGACCAAUGGAUAAUACGCUCAUCUUCCAGUCAAAUAAAUUUGACAAAACUUAAAUACUUAAAAUAUAAAUAAACAAAUAAAAAAUAGUGUAUUCAAUAGCAAUUACAAAGGUGAUCAUAUUGCUCCGCAAACUAUAUUUUACUUCGCAUUAGAUUGACUACGUUUAAUGAUAUCCAUGACAUUGUGAUAUAUAAGACAUUAAAUAAUACAUAUUUAUAUACAUUAAUACUUACAUAUAUAACACUUUAAGCAAUAUUAUAUGACACGAAUUAUGACUCAAUAUAUACUAUAUCACGAAACGUAGUUUUCCAUUUAUAACAAAAUUUUAUAAAAUCACAGAAUUAGUAAUUGCUAUGCAAAGUUUUUGAUAACAACAAGUCUGAAUGUCAAAACACAUUUAACAGAAUUUUUCAAUGGAGUAUACAUAUGUAUAUGCCACCACAUAUGCAUAUGUAUGUAUAUAAAUGUGCAUACUUCUAUGUAUGUAUGUACAUAUAUAUCUUUAAAAUAUUUAGAUUUUGUGAUUGAGUACAGUAUGUGGAAUAAUUUAAAAAAUUGGUACAUAUUUCCGCUUUUAGAUUUCAAAUCAACAACGAAUUGUGAUUUGAUUUUAACAUAACUUUUUUAAGUACAAUUUAUCGACACUUUCCACAAAGAAAUUAAAGCUUGCCUUAAAUAAUAAAUAAAAUGCUUUUAAACUGAA